CUUAAAAUUUACGUGCAAAAGAAAGAACAAAUUUGCAUUGAUCAAAUUUGUAUGGAUGAAUAUAAUAUAAAUUAUGAUUUUGGUUUUAAUCCAAUUGCCACACCAUAGAUUAAUUAGAGCUUGUUUUUCUAUUUAUCUUAAGAAAAACACAGAUAUUUAUAUAUACAUAUGAAAUUUGUAUGUAUGUAUAUAGAAUCGUGUCCUUAUAAAAAUAAAGGAGUGUCCAUCUAUAUCUAUAGAUAAUUUAUAUAAAAAAUACAUUAAAGACCAUAAUGGCUUGGUCGUCGCUUAUUCUUCUCAUAUAUCUCGGCUCUAUUGUCAAUGCCCAAUCCAACAUCACUCAAUGUUCAGCUCAAUCGGACUGGCAACUAAACGCCACUCGAUUCUAUGACCCCACUAGCCAACUCUACCUCAUCAACGGUACCUUAUUUACAAGUCAACCAGUUCAUCCCCUCUCAUAUGUCCUCAGCACUCGAUUAAAGAUCGGUGUCAAGAUGACCGUUCAGGGCAACCAAUCUCUCUGUCACUCUCAGUGCCUCAUUACGAAUCGCAUUCCUUUUGUCCAAAAGGUCAUCACUCCAGACACCUCUCUUCCUCUCGGAGACAUCUCCAGCACUCUCGAAAUCAUCAAAGACGAUACCUCUAUGGCUUGUUUUGUGGUCAAUUCUGUAGGAUACCAACACCCGGCCUGGCGCACGGUGUUCAUAUAUAUCCCUGUCGCAAUCACUGUCUUUGCAGCCCUUAAUUCAUUUUUCCAGUCCUUUGCCAGUUUACCCGAAACAGAACGAGACAUCUUGCUCUUCACCUCAAACUAUGCAAAUUUACCCGCCGCCCUGCGUCUCAAAACCCCUGGUUUCUUUGAUGUGAUCCACUACUGCCAGUCAAUCGUCAGUCUAGGCCAGCUCAAUCUGGCCUUUCCUUCUUUUUACCCCCUCUUUAUCUCAAACCUCGGUUGGAGCUUUGGCCUCUUCCCCAACAAAUGGCUCGACGCCGCGAUCUACAGCAUCUUUCCAUCAGAUGUUUCAUCUCAAUCAAACCCCACACACCAAGGUCUCAGUUUCAAUAAACGCCAAUCAUUCACAGACACUCCCAACAGUGGCCCCGGCGUUGUCGGAUCACACUUUCUCCCUGUUGCCGGCACCGGAAUUGCCAACGUAGCGCUGGCACUCGGGAUUGACAUCAAUGGCCAAUUCUUAACCUGUCUGGUCUAUUAUUUGCUCAUCUUGGCUGGCUGUCUAAGUGUGUGUCUUGUUAUCUGGCUUGUACUACUUGUUAUCAAUAUAAAGUAUCCCCGGAACAUCAACAACAUCAGUAACAGCAGCAACAGCCUCACAAAUAGUAACAGCAGCAGUAUCGGCAGCAUCGGCAGAAGUACCAGCAUCAGAAACAGAAACAAAAAAUAUAAUAACAAUAACAAUACUAAUGUAUCCAGAAAGAUGCUGGAUUUCACAAUUGGUGUUGGGAUUAGAUCGCUUUCUCUGUUUUAUCUUCCUCUGCUAAUCACCAGUCUGUAUCAAUUGAUGCUUUCAUCACCUUGGUACCUCACUUUUCUUGCUGCCAUAAUUGUCGUGUUUCCGCUGAUUCUGCUCUACGGUUACAUUGGAUUUGACUUGCUGUCCGUACGGCCAUCGGCUCUUGUUUAUUCUGAACCAAGUUUGCUGCUCAGAUUCGGGUCGCUCUAUAAUACCUUUGCAGACGGCAAGUUUUAUUUCUUUACGGCGACGAUUGUGUACAAGUUUAUCGUCAGUGCAACGGUUGCGAUGGGCCAGCCAAACCCGGUCAGCCAGGUGACGAUGAUGAUCCUUGUAGAGUCGGCAUAUUAUGUGCUCCAUUGGACACAAUGGCCCUAUGCAGACCAGGCUAUCAAUAUACACUACAUUAUGUUUGGCACCCUGCGGCUAAUUACGACCUGGAUGACGAUCGCAUUUUUGCCUGGUCUCGAGGUCUCUCUGGAUGCACGCCAAUGGGUAGCAUACAUCCAGAUCAUCAUCCAUGCGGCCGCGUUGCUGAUUAUGUUUAUUCUGCCCGUCAAAAACCUUUUUAUUCUUGUGACCGGCAUGCUAGACGAGACUCUGUUUGAUACAAGUCUGCCGCCACCCCGCAUGGUUCUCUGGCGCCGCCGACUUUACAACCCUAACAAUAACGAAGUCCAUUCUGGCGUUAUGGAAAAGAAAGUAGCCGAGGAUGCAGCUUAUCACCAACGACGCAAUUCUUCUAAAACAGGCGAUCAGAAUGGCCGGGGUGUUGGCACGGGCACUCGCGUGGACAUGAACAUGGGUAUGGGUAUGGGGCUGAAUGUGGGUGUGGACAGCCAUGGGAGUAAUAUUGAUAACAGUGGUGGGUUUAUUACUUCUGAGGCUGUUCGUCCAAGUGGCCACAUUAAUGAAGAUUGCAAUGACAACAAUUUUGGUUACCGCAAUGGGACAGCCGGCCACGAAGAUUUGGACUGGGACAUUCGAUUACCUACUCAAUUGGACCCUGACCAACCGAUCUUCUUUAAAUUGCCGGAGGGAGGACAACCGUACCAAGACGUGGCGACACGUGCAGAGUGA